UGAUCUGCCCGUUUCAGUUUAAACCCAUCACCCCUUGUCCUGUCACUCCAGUCCGUGAUGAAGAGUCCCUCUCCAGCAUCCUUGCAGGCCUCUUUAGGCACUGGAAGCUGCUCUGAGGUCUGGAAAGCUGCUCAGAGGCUGGAUGGGAAGCAUGGCUUUCCCUCACUGGGGCUGGUUAUUUUGGAUGACGAGCUUGCUCUGCAGGCCCAACACCCGGGCACAAAGUCCAGUGUACACUUCACCCGUUACAAAGGCUAAUGCUGUAAAAACAUCAUCAUCAAAGCCUUGUGUGGUUUCAGUCAUUGCAGUGGCUGCAGCAGGAAAACCAGCAGGGAUGCUCCCAAACCUGACCCAAGUGUGGCUGAGUUCUCAAAAGCUCUUGGAGCCUUUUCUUCUGUGUGUGGUGGCAACUGUCAUAUCAAGCAAGCUGAUUGCAGACUCUACCUAAUCAAUGUAGGCAGCAGAUGACAGCAGCUCCUGCAGAGCAAAGUGGUGGGUUUGGCUCUCUGCUUUCAGAAGCCGCUGAACAUCAGUAGGUGGCCUGACUACUCUGGAUGUAUUCAAAGCUCUGCAAUGCUUGGAAACAUGCAGCUCAUUUGCUUGACAGCUCAGGUAGAAAAUGAAAGCAUCUUCAGAGAAGGUGAAUGAAAAGAAGUAGAUCUCAUGUUCAUUUUACUACAUCUACUGGUGUCUUAGGGACAUGUAAACAGCAAAGAGAAGGAAUGAAAAGGCAAUAGAACAGCUCAGUAAGAUUCUGCAUGAAAAUGGGGCAAGUGCAAAUUUGCUGUCAUGUGCCAGCAAAGCGGCUCCUCCAGCUGCAGUGUCUGGCUGGGAGGAGAAAACAGAAGCCCACAACAGAUGAGAAGCUCAGACUGGGAAAUGAAGAGACUAAUAUGCUGUAAUUGGUAUCUUAGGAGCUGCAUGAAUGAAAUAACCCCUCAGGACUGCUCAGCACAGGUCUUCAGAGUGUCUGAGCAAGCAGCAGACUCUAUCAGCCCUCAGUGGCAGGACUGGGCUGCUUCAAAGUUCCUGGCCACUAACCACAAACACUGUCGCUUGCUGGGCUCAGUGAAGUAACCCGCAUGAGGCUCCUGCAGAUGAAUCACCAUCCAAACCUGAAUCACCACCUCGCACUCUGGAUUUACACUUAAAACAGACAAGAGAUGAUUUCCAGGCUCCUUUGGGAGCUCUGCUCAGACAAGAAGCCAGCAGAAGCGGCAGGAGGGACAGCACCAAGAGAAGGAAGAGUCUGAUGCAAGAUGGGCUCCGAGUCCACGGUGCCAGCUCUCCAGCAGCCUGGGUGCCGCGGAGGGAGCUCGUGUUCUCCUCGGGAGCGCGUGGGCUGAUGCUUUGCCACUCCACACACCUACUUCCUGCAAUCCUGGCAAUUACCAAUAGUGUAAAACCCAGCUUCUGACGUGGCUGACUCAGCAAGGGCUUGGCUCAAAACAAAUCCAUACGCACAAGGAACUGCAGCCUGGAAGCAGUGACAGGAGGCACAUGAAGAGAAAGAGGCGCUGGGGAUUUUCGGCGUUCCGGGUCCAAUCUGGCUGAACUGUUCCUGGACUUGCUUCUUCCAGCGUCCCAGUGCUGGUGAACGUGGCAGCCUCAGCUCUCCGAGGGCUUCAGCAGUCUCUCCUCUCCGCCUGUUGGACUGAGGUGCUGCUCCACCACAGCCUACAGGAACAGGGACGGAAGAGGUUGUUCCUGUCGUGCCGCUUGCUGCUGAUCCUGCGACACGAGUCCAGCACCUGCCUGUGAAGAGUCAUCAGUUUCCUCCUGCUCCUCUCAUCAGCAUGGAUACUUGGCGGAGAGGGUCCAUUAAAUCCACAACGUUCUUCAGACGGUUCUCACUCAGGAGACACAAAAAGCUGGGCAACCAAGUCAUCCUCCUUAACCAGAACAGCCACACGCUGGACAGUGAUGGACAGUGCCAGAAGAGGGAAUGCUUGAGGGAUCUGAAGGACAAGUCUGACUACCUGUCAUGUCAGAGUGAGCAAAACCUAGCCAAGGCACAAGCUCCCCCCAAGCCUCCCCGGCUGUACCUGGACAGUUCUAGCUGCCCCAACAUCAUUGACCACACAGAUUCUCACUCCGACAUCUCCUUUUCUGAUGCUACUCAAUACCAUAAAGCCACUCAAACUCAAUUCCACAAGGACCAGGCUACAGACUAUGGGACCUCAGAGUCAGGUUCCCAGAACGGCACCACUCUUUCUGACCUGUCUGACCCCUUCCUGUCCUUCAAAGUGGAUUUGGGGCUAUCGCUUCUCGAGGAUGUUCUGCAGACCCUCAGGAAACAGAACCCAAGAGAUUAUGCCAUUUGAAGGUAUUUAUCAUUUAACAUAUCCCAUUUCUUUACUGCUGCUGCCAGUUUCUCCAGUCCUAGCAGGAGGACGCAUGCAGCAUUCCUGUUGUGUGGUCUGUUUUGUUGUUCUCACCUUACCCAUCACAGACUGUCCCUGUUCCUGUCCUUGCCACAGAGUUCUUCGGAGCAGAGCUCGCAGGCUCCCUGCUCAGAUGACAGCACUGGCUGCUGGAACCUUGUGGGCAAGGUCCCGCUCUCCACACUGGGAAUUCCCCGUUCCUGACUGUGCACCUCCUCCUUGUGGAAGAAUGGCAUCGUUUGGCAAAUGACUCGUUUUGGGGAUACGGCUGUGACACUGCAGAGCACGGACAGAAAGGGAUAUGGCACCAUCAUCAUCUCUGGAUAAGCAGGCGGCUUGCAAGGAGACAGUAGCAUUGCGUCUCAAAGCCAUAGUUACGGCAAGGGUCAGAGACACAAACUGGUCUUUCUUCUCCCACCACGUUUGGAUGUGAAUGAAAUCAAAGCUGUUCUUCCUUUUUUUCUUCCUUGUGGGUUUCUUUCCCCCUAACUCAAGUGCAGUCGGCCCUCCCAGCCUGGAAACAGGUAAGCAUCCACACAGGCUCGUAAUACAGCAACAGCAGUUUAUUUAUCCUACUAGCAGGAGAAGAACUUUCUCUAGCUACUGCUGCUUGAAGCAUGCACUGAUCUAUCAGCUGUACAGAUAUGGAAGAAUAAAUGUAUCUGUGACUGGAA